UAGGGGACCUUUAAGAUGUUACUAACUUGUGGUGUUUAUUGUAGGGGUGCUGAGUACGUGUCGGCCAGAGAGUGGAUGAGGAUUUGCUUCGAGCUGCUGGAGCUGCUGAAGGCUCACAAGAAAGCGAUCCGCAGAGCGACUGUGAACACGUUCGGUUACAUCGCCAAAGCUAUCGGCCCUCACGAUGUGUUGGCCACUCUGCUGAACAACCUGAAGGUGCAGGAGCGUCAGAACAGAGUUUGUACGACGGUAGCCAUCGCCAUCGUGGCUGAGACCUGCUCUCCGUUCACCGUGCUGCCGGCGCUCAUGAACGAGUACCGCGUGCCGGAGCUGAACGUGCAGAACGGCGUCCUGAAGUCCCUCUCCUUCCUGUUCGAGUACAUCGGAGAGAUGGGCAAAGAUUACAUCUACGCCGUCACCCCGCUGCUGGAAGACGCUCUCAUGGACAGAGAUCUGGUCCACCGACAGACGGCCAGUGCAGUGGUGCAGCACAUGUCUCUGGGGGUCUAUGGGUUCGGGUGUGAGGAUUCUCUGAACCACCUCCUGAACUACGUGUGGCCCAACGUGUUCGAGACGUCCCCUCACGUCAUCCAGGCGGUGAUGGGGGCCCUCGAGGGUCUCCGGGUCGCCAUCGGGCCCUGCCGCAUGCUGCAGUACUGCUUACAGGGUUUGUUCCACCCGGCCAGGAAGGUGCGAGACGUCUACUGGAAGAUCUACAACUCCAUUUACAUCGGCUCGCAGGACGCCCUGAUCGCUCACUACCCCCAGGUCUACAACGACGAGAAGAACGCGUACGUCCGCUACGAGCUGGACUACGCCUUGUAAAUAAAUACAAAUCACAUGACCUGCCCCCCCCCCUUCUCUCCCACACUGUUAAUGUCCAAUAUCGUCUCUACUCUCGGUUCAGAACUGAGUCGGUUUUAAUUUAGCAACUCUCAUAUUUCCCAACAUUCAGCCGCUGCUUCGUGCAACUCUCCGUCGUCUGAUUUGAAAAGCUAGCAUGAACCUAGAGAAAUAAAAGGAACAAUGUAGAGUCUGUAUGUUUCAUUGAUCUGUUUUUUUGAGUGUUCCUUGUGAGGAAUGUCCGAGGUCGGACGAGCCUUGAUUUGGGGAAGUCAUCACGAUGUUUUAAAUAUUUCCAUUUGUUUUGUUUGUGUAAUGAAAGGCUUCUGAACCGCCUGCUCUCUUUACACACAGCCCCCUCUCCUCCUUUCACAACUCUGUCUUUAUUAGAUUGUUGCUUUAUUUAACCGAUUAAAAUGUUUGUGUAUAAAACUUCAA